AUGGCAACAACGAAAAUACCAAUGACGGUGCCUUCUCCUCGAGUCGAUGCGGACCAGCUUUUUAAGGCCUUCAAAGGAAGAGGCUGCGAUACUUCGGUGAUCAUCAACAUCUUAGCUCAUCGCAAUGAAACGCAACGAGCUCUCAUCGAACAAGAAUACGAAACCAAAUUCUCAGACGACCUUCGUAAACGUCUCCAAUCCGAGCUUCACGGCCAUCUCAAAAAAGCUGUUCUUCUAUGGAUGCCUGAAGCAGUGGAGCGAGACGCUUCGAUACUGAAACACGCAUUGAGAGGAGCCGUGACUGAUCACAAAGCGGUCGCCGAGAUUAUAUGUACAAGAUCUGGCUCUCAGCUUCGUCAGAUCAAACAGGUUUACUUCAACACUUUCGGUGUCAAACUCGAACAAGACGUUGAAUCUGAAGCUUCCGGCAAUCACAAAAGAGUUUUGCUCGCGUAUUUGAACACUACGCGAUAUGAAGGACCAGAGAUCGAUAACAAGAUCGUGGAGAAUGACGCUAGGGUUCUCAAGAAAGCGGUCGCGAGGAAGCAUAAAUCCGAUGACCAGACGUUGAUUCAGAUUUUCACAGACCGAAGCAGGACUCAUUUGGUCGCUGUUAGAUCUACUUACCGUUCCAUGUACGGCAAAGAACUUGGAAAGGCGAUAAGGGAUGAGACUCGCGGGAACUUCGAGCACGUUCUUUUGACGAUUCUACAAUGCGCUGAGAACUCUUCUUUCUACUUCGCAAAGGCGCUGAGAAAGUCGAUGAAAGGGUUAGGAACAGAUGACACGGCGUUGAUAAGAAUUGUGGUGACAAGAGCAGAGGUGGAUAUGCACUACAUCAUUUCGGAGUAUCGCAAGAGAUACAAGAAGACUUUGUACAAUGCUGUUCAUUCUGAUACAACUGGUCAUUACAGAACUUUCCUCCUCUCUCUCCUAGGCCCCAACGUUUGA